CAAGGUGGGAACGUGUGGGAACAGCCACCGGGACGGGGGAAGGUGGCGGAGCCAGGUGAGGCGUCCCACAGCGGCUGUUCCAGCGCUCCUCACGGCGUCACCGAACACUCCCAGCUCGCUGCGAGCUGCCUGCCAGCCUGGGGACGGUGGCAUUGCAGACACCCACGGAGCGACUGCUGCCACCGGGGCCGAGCAGCCUCUGCACGCCUCCACAGCGGCACGGAGACCGCAGAUACCCUCAUUUUCCGUCCUCCAUUCCAAAAAGCUCCAGGCUGCAUGUCCUAAACCAACACAAACCUCUAGGACGGACACUCAUGAGGGUGCCCGGACUGAGCGGCUGAGGGGAAAUUGGAUAGCAGAGUGAGAACUGGCUGUUCAGAAGAGGUCGUGGCUGAGGAUUAAUAACAUGUCUAAAGAAAUGCAGGAACUACAGAAGCAAUGGCACUCCGUGAUGCAGAUCAUCCACAGCAACGCAAAUGUUGUUGCCUUUAUGAAUUCUCGUGUUGGCCAAUAUUUAGAUGACCAUCCUUUUGUUGCCUUAUCACUCCUGAUGUUUAUUGCAGUGUCAGCUAUUCCUGUUGGAUUUUUCCUGGUUUUUGUUGUUACAACAGCUGUAAUGGCCUGUAUUGGUGUGAUAGUCAUGGAAGGUGUUGUCAUAGCCAUAGGGGGCAUAGCCCUCCUGUGUGUGCUGUGUGGCCUGGGAGCCCUGUCCCUGGGAGUUUCUGGAGUGCUGAGUGUUUCUUACGUUGCACUUUCAACUCUGGUCAACUACUGGUGUGCAUCAAGGGCUCAGAUGAGGAAGCAAGAUGCUAAUGGAAGUUUACCACAGAAGCAGCCUGGCUUGGAUCUUUCUGCCAAUAUUGCAAAGAGUGAAUAAAUAGAUUUCUCCCCAUUUCAUAGGCACUUAGCUGUACAAUCCCAGCAUUUGCUAUGUAAUUGUUUACUCAUUAAGCAUUCAAUCAUUGUGUACUCCUGGAAACUGAGAAAAAUCAAUAUACAUCUUACACUGGCGCUGUAAAAGGGAUCUUAAGAAUAAUUAAGAAGCAGCAGUGCAGUGGUAAGAAUAUGUGCAUGAUGGAGUGUUCCACAGUUUGGUAAAGGGAUGUAGUAAUAGUUGGUACUGUUAAGUCAAUGGCAAGUAGGUGGACAGAAAGGGGAGAGAGAUAUUUGGUUUCUCAGAUUCUGGAGUUCUGAAUGUACUCCCUUUAGUACAGAGCAUGGUCAUUUUGAUACAAAAGUAUCACAGUUCAGAACAGUAGAAACGCAUUUUGAAUGUGGAAAAAUAUUUGUAAGCCUUAACAACCUUUGUUAAAAUAGAGCGAGUAUACCAAUGCUUUAUGUUCAUUAUAAAGGGAAAAGUGGGUUUGUCAUAUGUCAUGGUCAAAGCUUUUUUUUUCUCCCCUUAGAUGUUGUCUUAUUCCAAAGGGAUAUUUUACUUAUUCUCAUUGCCUCAUCAUAUCAGGGGUAUGCUUAGGUCUUGUUUAGGUAUUUAAAUUGCCUGGUUUGCUUCUCAGUUGUAACUUUGUGUAUGUUAUUUAAACUUUUUUCAUUUUUGCAAAUGUUAUUAUAUUUUUAAGCAUAAAGUAUCUAACUAUUUUAGUUUAAUAAAGUGCUCUGUUUGUUUAACUAGA